AUGUGGUACAAUGAGUCAGAGCGCUGAUACAAAUUUGCUGUUUCGUUGUGCUUUUCUGUCACUCAGUCUUCUGCUAUUCUGACACAGGGGAGGAUCGCAUCAGAUUGUCCACCAUCAACCAAAUCUUGAGAGAAGAUGUCUUCCGCCAAUACAGACACCAAGGCCCUUGCCUCGAGCAACGCUGCUCCACCAAAGAGCCAUAAAGUUCAGAAGGUCAACAACACAACUGUCAUAACGACAGGUCAAAACCCCAUCCCAGGGAAAGGCUCCCAGAGGUCGAGGUCGGCGCCCGUAAAAGUUACUGAGCCACAUCAUGGACACACGACCCCAAAGGACUCCACCAAGCCUGCAAGAAAGUACACUCCCAAUACCCAACGACCACUGUCAACCAGACAGCAGCAGAGUUCAACAACAACAACAACAACCACACGUGUAGCCGCCACAAAGCCCAUCAGCUGUAGUGGGGACCACGAGACAGCGUCUCUGAAGCCCAAACCCGAGGCCGUCCCCCUGGGUGUCGGGGUGAAGGUGGACGGGGCCACGGUCCAGUCCGUGGAGGUCCAGACCCGCGGCCAGAGGGAGAAUCCUAAGUGGUUCUCCUGGCGUCAGAACCGCAUCACCGCCUCCACAGCCCACAGAGUGUCGCACAGUCGCUUCGUGAACGGCCAGAGCAGGACGCCACCGGAGUCGUACGUGAAGGCCAUCUUGGGAGAAGGUCAGAACGUCAGGACCAGGGCCAUGACCUGGGGCAUCCAGCACGAGGCCGAGGUCGUCAAGAUCUACCAGCGGCUCAAGAGCAAGUCCCGUGGCCGUGCUGUGAAGGUUCAGGACUGCGGCCUGUUCAUCGACCCCCAGCGCGCCUGGCUGGCAGCCAGCCCUGAUGGCAUCGUGGUGGACAAGCAGAGCGGGGAGAGGCUCCUUGUCCUGGAGGUCAAGUGCCCCUACAAGCACCGGGAGAACACCGUGAGGGAGGCCUGCAUACAGGACUCAGCCUUCUGCCUGGAACUGGCGGACGAUGACCAAGCUGGGGGUGACCGUAACCAAGACCACUCAGACUACCGGCUGAAGACCAAGCACUGCUACUACACCCAGGUGCAGUGUCAGAUGGCGGUGACCGGCAUCCACAAGGCCGACCUGGUGGUGUACACGCUCCGCGAGACCGCAGUUGUCCCUUUGACCUUUGACCCCGAGUUCUGGAGUGACAACCUCCCGAAGCUGGAGACGUUCUACAGGGAGGCGGUGCUGCCCCGUGUGAGGGAGAAAGGACAGGUCGCGCCCCCAAUGCUGCCCGAGGAGUGAUGUUUUGGUGUAGUGGAUCAUGACUGCUGUAUUUUUUUUUCCCCUACGCUAUGCACGAGAACUUGGCAAGCUUGCACUUGAAUAUCUAGGAUGGAGAGGGCUUGACAUUGGCAUCUGGCCACCAGCUAAAUGUGGAUCAAACUCAGGUGUGGCUAUUGAUAAUUUCAGUCUCACUAGCCACUUAAGGUAGCCUUAUUCUUGGUUUUGACACUGCAGUAGUCUCCAUUCUGUUAUUUUCCCAUUGUUUGUUUUCAAGAUCAGGGUAAAUGUGUUGGCACUUUGUCUUCUGAGCCUAGACAUGUCAGGCUGAAGAAGGAAAAUACAUUUUGGCUAGUAGACAGGCUGAAUGGCUAGUGGCCUGGAUCGCCACAGUAGCUGGUGUACUAGGGACUAGUAGCUGCAAUACUGAUAAGCCUCUGCUGACUUCAGUGGAAGUGUGUGUGUUUAUGUGUGAUCAGUGUGGUAUGUCCAGUUACCUCAAACUGGAAAUGCCAAAAGUGGCCUAUUGAAUUAUAUUAAUAUCAGGACAAUGUAUGUCACAGAAAUAGAUGCACUGAUAAUAACUAGUAUGACUCACUGAGAUUCGUUUGAAGAAUAUCCUGAGGACACGGACAUACAUAGUGUACAUGCCUUUGUAUCAUGUCCACAGUUAUUUAAGGGAGAUGAUAGUCUGGAGUUCAUGGUUGUAGCACAGGCAGAAAUCUCUGAGGUAUGCUCAAAAAAUGCCGAUAUGAUGCAGACCUCCUAUUACAGUAUUAAUUCAUCUCUGAGGUUGCUGACAAACAUUCAGAAUGUUUGCAUUCCGAUUCCCUGAAUUCCUGAUUCUCUGAAAUAGCCUGAUGGUUAAGAAUGGUUUACAUUCUGACAUACUGUACAGUACAUACAGGUUGUGCUGCGUGCUGCACUGCAUGCACUUAAACUAUGUAUAGCAAAGGGCUGCAUUUUGAGGAAGUUGAGCUCCAUUUCACAAGAUAGAGCCAUAUCACGUUGAACCUCAAAAAUUAUAAAGAAAGAAAGAAAAAAAAGCCAGAGUUGUGGCUCAAUGUGUAAAGUGUAGUAUCAGAGCAUCAGGACCUCCUUUUCUGGUGUGCAUUUUGGACCUUCAUUAACAAAUGACUGCAUUUUGCACCUUUAUUGAUAAAG